AUGUGGUGUGAAAUGAAAGACCUUCAUUUUUGCCAUGACGACUUCAGUUUAAACCCCCCUGAUGGACUACUCGACGAGUACUCAUUUCCUUGGUUGGGCUUCACACAAUACUUACAUGAGAUGACCGGAUUGUUACAUCCUAAUAUAGCGCCACGUGUAGUCCUUGUUCAUAAACAAUUCGUCAUUGCCAGUGCUAGAGAAAUGCUGAAACUGCCUAAGCACUACAAACUAGGGAAUAUGAUAUUUGGUGAUUAUGAACAGGAAGGAAAAGAUUGUGACCUGACUUCUGAUGAUAUUAUGAUGGGCAAAAGAUGUCCACGGGCAUAUAUGGAAAUGCCGUUUAAGGAAAUAUUACCACACCCAGAGUUCUCUAGAUUUAGAGUCAACAACAGCGUAGCGCUGGUGCAAUUGCUUCGCCCAAUGAAAUCUCCGGUACCUAGAGACUUCGAUUUUGAAAAAAUGGGAAAGCGGACUCUUCAGCUUUAUAAAGAUACAGAUUGUAUGAGAUAUCAUAACAAUACGAUGAUGGGCAACAAAGACCUCUCGCAGUUUUUAUGCACUUCAGGUUGCGGAAUGCGACCAGGCACACCAAUUAUAAGCCAUGCACCAGACGGGCGGUUUGAGGUCAUUGGUAUAGCGGUUGGUGGAUCACGAUGCGUAGAUCAUGAAAUGCGUCGCAGUUUCAAUGAAAACCCUCCCUUCUACAUUGACGUAUACCCUUAUGUUCCGUGGAUCAUUAAUGUCAUAAACGCUCAUAAAAUUCCUAAGCCUUAUCCUGAACAUUUCCAAUUGCUUGAAGGAGGUUCUCUUUGGAUUCGACCGACAUGGUGUGGAAUGAGCGAAAUCAACAUUUGUCACGACGACUUCAACUUAAACCCGACCGAUGGAGUUCUGAAAGACCAAACAUUCCCUUGGUUGGGCUUCGCCCUGUAUAUACACGGUUUGAUCAAUUCUAACAUAUUUGAGUAUUAUACAAUAGGACAAGAAGUGACUGGAAUCUUGCACCCUGCUAGGGCGCCGCGUGUGGUCCUCGUCCACAACCAAUUCGUCCUAACAAUGGCAAGAGAUGUGUUAAAACUACCUAGACUCUAUAAACUCGGUAAUGUGAUAUUUGGUGAAUACGAACGAGAAGAAAAAGAUUGUGGCCUUACAUCUCAAGAUAUUUUGAAGGGCUAUAAAUGUCCACGUGCUUUCAUUGAAAUUCCACUAAAUGAAAUUUUACCACAUCCAGAAUUCUCCAGACUACAUGGUCCCACUCUGCCUACCAACAUUAGAGGAACGCCUGAUAAAGAAAAAACUGAAUACCGUAUUCUUAAUAGACUAUAUAAGUAG